UAUUAUUAGAUAUUGAUAAUAUUCGGCCUAAUUCUUUUGUUGUUGAACAAUUAUCAAUGUGUAUUAGCUUCUGUGUGAGAUAAUUAUUAGUUAUAGUCACACAUAUAAUUAGCUUGGAUUAAAUAUUUUUGCAGCUAUUUAACAUAGAGCAAUUAUCGAUAUAAAUGUUACAUAUUAGUUAUUGAGUAAUUAUUUAGUAAAUAUUUUAAUAUUUUAGUUCUUAUUUAAUCUAAUUUUUUAUAAUCAUUUUCAUAUAAUAAUUGUUUAGACAGAAAAUGGAUAAUAACUUACGAGGUAUGCAAAUUGGAAAAAAACGUACAAGAGAUGAGGAGAAUACAAUUAUGGAAGAAAAAGAAGAGUUAGAUAUUCUUAUUUUUAUAAUAAAUUUUAUUACAAUGAUCGUUGGAGCAUCAUAUCACCAUAACUAUAGGUUACGUGAUAUCUCAUGGGACAAAAGUGAACAUACUCAUCGUAGGUCUAUUUGGAUGCAAACUUUGGAGUCUGAAACUACAAGUAUUGAAUUAUUGCGUGUGAAUCCAGCAACAUUUAAAAAAUUAUGUGGAAUUUUACAAUCUGAAGGAGGGUUGGUGGCUUCAAGAAAUAUUACAAUUAAAGAAAUUGUAGCAUUAUUUUUGCAUAUUCUUGGUCAUGGAAUUAAAUAUAGUUGGGUUAAAGCAUGUUAUGCUCGUUCUGGAGAAACAAUUAGUAGACAAUUUCAUGUGGUUCUGAAGGCCGUGAUGAAGAGAGGCAAAUAUUAUAUUAGAGAAGCCAAUUCAAAUGAAAAUUAUCAAGAUAAUGGCAAGUGGAAAUUUUUUGAGGGUGUGCUUGGUGCACUUGAUGGUACGCACAUUCAAAUGACUGUUCCAUUUGAAGAUCGGGCUAGAUAUCGUAAUAGAAAAGGUGAUCUAAGUACUAAUGUUCUUGGAGUCUGUGAUCCUAAAAUGAAAUUUACAUAUGUGUUACCCGGCUGGGAGGGAUCGGCAACAGAUCCUCGAAUUUUAGGCGAGGCUCUUCAUAGACGCAAUAGGUUAAAGAUACCAUCAAAUAAAUAUUAUCUAGUAGAUGGAGCAUAUACAAACGGUCCCGGUUUUCUCGCUCCUUAUCGAGGAACACGAUACCAUCUUAAUUUAUGGAGAGGAAAUAGGCCAACAAAUUAUAAAGAGUUAUUUAAUCUUCGACAUUCAUCAGCAAGAAAUACUAUAGAGAGAGCAUUUGGAUUGUUGAAGAAGCGAUGGGCGAUACUACGAGCUCCUAGUUUUUUUGAUAAACAAACUCAAGUUAGAAUAAUAAAUGCUUGUUUCAUUCUUCACAAUUUUAUAAGAGAAGAGAUGACUGAAGAUGAUUUACUGAAACAAGUAGAUGAAGAGUUGGCGAAUUCUUUGGAUAUUGAAAAUGAGAUUAGGGAUGAAGAGAAUAUCCGAGCAAUACGGUUAACACAUGAAUGGACAACAUUUAGAGACAAUUUGGCUAUGCAAAUGUUUAAUGAAUAUCAAGCGCGAUAAGCAAUUUGAGAAUAUUGUCUUGGUUGCUUCUUCUGAUUCUCCAAGAAAUGAAUAACAAAGAAUUCCGAACUCGAUCAUCUAUACUCAAGGCUCAAGCAAUGUCCAAGACAAAGAAUACACGUAUCCAAUCAUUAUUUUCACUUUCUCAAACACCAAUUGAAGGUGUUGGACAAGGCCAGUCAUCAUCAAGCUUUCAAUUGCCAUUAAAUGGAAAAGGAAAGGAUAAGUCAAGAUCAUAUGUUACUGGGAAUAGAGAGAUGGAUAAUUUAUUUGCUACUGUUCUAUAUGACCAAUUAGCAAUGGGUAACAAGAGUGAAGGGGAAUGGAAGCCACAAGCUUAUCAAGCCGUUGUAGAUGUGUUAAAUGCCAAAUUAGGUCUUAAUUUGAUAGUUAGUAAUGCCAAAAACAGGAUGAAGGCUUGGAAAUAACAUUAUUCUAUUAUUACUAAUAUCAUGACUCGGACAAAAUUUAA